AUUGAUGUGUUCACACAUCACUCUGUGUUUAAUAGAAAUCCUAUUUAAAAAUGAAGGUGUACAACUUUGUGUCUUGAUUCUGUUUUGGCAGCCACCCCUGGGAAACGGUAACGACGGCUGCCAUGCAGAAAUACCCAAAUCCUAUGAACCCCAGCGUGGUCGGAGUUGAUGUCCUGGACAGACACGUAGACCCCAGUGGGAAGUUGCACAGCCACAGACUCCUCAGCACAGAAUGGGGAAUACCCUCCAUUGUGAAAUCGCUCAUUGGCACGUGCAGAACAAAGACAUACAUUCAGGAGCACUCUGUUGUUGACCCAGUGAAAAAAACAAUGGAGCUUAAAUCUAGUAAUAUUUCAUUUACAAACCUAGUGUCAGUAGAUGAGAGGCUUGUCUAUAAACCACACCCUCACGAACCAGACAAAACCAUUUUGACACAAGAAGCAAUAAUAUCUGUAAAAGGUGUCAGUCUCAGCAGUUAUCUAGAAGGACUAAUGGCAAACACAAUUUCUUCCAAUGCUAAUAAAGGCCGUGAAGCAUUGGAGUGGGUAAUUAAUAGACUGAAUGCCGAAAUUGAAGAGUUCGCAGCUUCAGCGAGAGGAACUAUGAGGAGUUCAAUGGCAGCAGCAGCAUUUGUAGAGAAAUGAUAGUCAUGCACCUGUAUAACUAACAAGGUUUCACAGUGUGAAGCUUUUCUCCACACCUAAAUACAUGUAUCCUUUGUUAUUAAAAGGCAUACCUGUGUAUUAGGCAUGUUUCAAAUUUAAUUUGGAGAAAAGCUGAAUUUGUACUAAUGAGGCUGAUGCACAAAGCCUAGUUAAUAUAUUGGUUCAGCUGGACCGAAUUUCGGUUACAGAUGAAGAAAUAAUUUUCAAGUAUAGUUCCUGUAUUUACAUGAACACUAACUUAUAAUGUUUUCAAAUAUGAAAUAGCCUUAUUUAGUGAUGAGGCUGCAUAUGGUAGAGGAGACUGGCGUGUAAAGUUAACUUAUGUGGAAUUUUUGUUUUUGUGUGACUUACAGACUACCUCUUUUGGGACCAAGCCCAAAAUUAAGGAGAAUGGUUUGUUCCAGCAUGGUUCUGUUUGUUCAUUUUUGAUAGUUGUGUGAUACAACUUUGUUUAAUAGAAAUUUAUUACUUGAUGCUUGACAUACAAAAGAAUGUACAAAAUAUUUUUUGAUAAGCUUUUUAACUUGUUUGAAUGGUUGAGCUAACAUGGUACUCAAGUUCUUUUUCAGUCAGUAAAGGUAAAACAUACAAAAUGUCUCUUACCUACUAAGACCUAAAUUCUCUUCCUAAAUGUGACAUUAAGGAGCUGGGCAUGCAGUAGUUUAAAAUUUUAUCCUAAACUACUUUAAUAAGUAUUUCCAUUUCUAAAAGCCCAUUAAAUAAAGGAGUACAAUAAGCAUAGAGCCUUAAAAUCUUGCAAGCUGAUAGGGUAUCUAAUAGUAGUUGUUCACCUCAAAAUUUCAAAGAACCACUUAAAGGACUAAAAAAACCUUUGUGAAGUUGGCUAAAGGUAUAUCUAAAUAUAAGAAGAACUACUAUCAAAGAAUGCUAAUGAUAUACUCAUUAACUUGAUUGUACUCCAAAAAUAACCUGUUAAAUUAACUGAAUAUUGUGUUGUCCUUUAAACAGUGUGCUAAGUUCUAGAAGUUCCUUGACCUUUUGAACUAAUUUGCUCACAAUACAAGGCUCUUUAAAUGAGAACCUUGAGAAUAAAAAGUUUUCUACAGUUUGCGUUUUUUUGGUACUGUCAUCAGUCAUUAGCUGUGGGAACAUAAAGGUCAGACCUUGACAUCCUUCCUUACAUAGUAUACCAGUCUGCUGGUAGUCCUGUUGACUUCAGCAGGGGCUACCUGUCCCAUAAGGCUCCUUCAGUGUGAAGGAAAAAUGGGAAGACACAGCCCUGAAUUAGCUGAUGCUUUUAUUUUGGUGCCAGAGGCUUUUCAUGAAAUUUUGAUUCUAAGCUUACAAGUAAUUUCAAGACUCUCUCUUAGCCUUUAUGAACUGUAAUGUCAUAUGUCUAAGCAUAUUUUAUGUUGCAUGCCAUUUCUGUUCUACCAGAAUUGCCUAUUGAGUAGUCUGCUAUAUAGAGAACUUGAGCUUAUUUUAAGGGGUAAACACAUGGGAACACAUUCUUCUGUAAGAUUUGUGUAGGGGAAAGAAAACAGGUGUAUAAUAUAUAUAUAUAUAUAUAUAUAUAUAUAUAUAUACUAAAAAUUUAACUAUUCUAAAUACUUUUUUAAAAAAUAAAUUGUUUGAGACUACCUUACUAAAUUGAAAUCAUUGAGGUUUUUCAUGCUUUUACAGGAGAUUAUAUUACAAUUAAAAUAGCAUUUCAACUUGAAAAGUGUAUGUGAAAACUGUACCAUCAUUUCUGAUAAUACAAUGCUUGAAAUUCAUUUUAAAUGUUGGUUUAGCCAUUAGCAUCAGUUGGUAUUUUAAAGUCAAUUUUUUCUUUUCCUAAUUUUUCUGCACUAAGGACUGCAUAGUAUGAACUCAGAGUUUGUCCUUGCACUGAAAAAAAACUACUGUUUAAUUUUUGCAAGCAUUUAACAACUUCUUGAGAGAUCAUUAUUUUCUUUCUUCCAUUUUAUUUAUAUGCCUGCAUUCUCAUUCUGUCAGAGAGCCUGGCUUUCUGUAUGUGGCGCUUUUUAAAUAAAAUUUUAUCUGAGCUCUAGCUAGUUCAUGAAACUUUAUGAUCUGUUUGUUUUUAUAACUACUGGGUGAGUAAUCUAAAAUGAGGGAGGUGAAGGUGCAGAAAUACUCUGGAAUUAGUAGCUUUUUAUUGAAAUGCAUGUCUAAAAUUCUCACAGCUGCUGUGGUCUUUUUUUGCUUCUUAAUAACUGCUUUUCUGCAAAUCUGACAUGUUAUCUAGCAACCAGAUUUCACAGUUUGCUAGAUCCUGUGGAAAGAUUUUCAGUUUACUUGGACUGAGAUUUCUCUGCUCCAGUUUACCUGUUAUGGAAUGUGUCUCUGCCCAUGGGAUCUAAUGCUCACUAUUGUUAAGAGCAGAAGAGAACAAAAUGUUUGGGUCUGUACGGUCAUGUAACAGCUUGUCUGUUUGCCCCCAGUUCUCACAAUAGGAGUCUGCACCUAAAGUAGCUUUGGUUGAUGGGGAGUGAGGGAUUUUAUGUGCAGCUGUCCCACCGCAGGAGAAGGAAGUCGAUGCCUGCCCUGUGCUCUGUAUGCAUACAUACGUGUGUACUCGGGUGGUUUCUUCACCAGCCACUUCAGCAAGUUGUGUGUUCCCUGUGGAUCAAGCUCACAGUGCACUGCAGGGCUGUGUCUGGCUGGCAAUGCACCAAAG